AUGAAAGAAUCUCGACUUUAUCCAGAAGAUAUUCCAGCAGAUUUAUGUACACAUAUUUUAUAUGCAUUUGCUAAUCUUCAUGGUAGAUCAUUGCAACCACAAUUAACUAAUGAUAUUAAUAUUUAUCAAGGAGAAAAACCACUUUAUCCUCGUAUUAUGAAAUUAAAAGAAAAAAAUCCGAAUUUAAAAAUUUUAAUUUCAUGUGGUGGAUGGGGAAAAGCAGGAGAUUUUGAACCAUUAGUUGGAUCAGAAUCAUCAAGGGAAUCAUUUAGUGAAAAUGUAAUAAAAUUUUGUCGUCAAUAUGGCUUUGAUGGUAUCGAUUUAGAUUGGGAAUUUCCAUCAGCUGAACAUCGUGAACGUUUUGGAUUACUGACAAAAACAAUGCACAAAAUGUUUAAAAAAGAAGCGAAAAAAUCUAAAAAAGAUCGAUUAUUAAUUAGUUUAGCUGUUGCAGCUGGAAAAUAUUUAAUUACACAAGGUUAUGAUGUACCGGUUUUAUGCAAUAAUGUCGAUAUGAUUAAUGUUAUGACUUAUGAUUUAUAUGGUUCGUGGUAUAAUAAAAUUGGCCACCAUAGUGCCUUAUUUCAUCGACCUGGUGAAACCGGCAUGGAUAGAGAAUUGAAUACAAAUAAUUCAAUGUAUAAUUGGGUUGAAGCAGGUUGUUCAAGAGAUCGCCUUAAUAUAGGUAUUCCUGGUUAUGGUCGAGCUUUUACAGCUGAUGGUAAAGAUCCAUUAAAAGCAUUUGGACAAAGUGGUGGUGGUUCUGGUUCAGUAUCAUCACCUUAUUUAGGUGAAAGUGGUUUACUUACUUAUUUUGAAAUAUGUAAAAAAGAAUUAAAAGAAGGUUUUAAACGUUAUUGGCAUCAACAACAUCAAAUUCCAAUUAGUUUUAAAGAUGGAACAUGGAUUGGAUAUGAUGAUCCAGAUAGUGUUAAAAAUAAAGUAUGA